UAUCCUGGACUGUUUACAGCUGAAGCGGCUUCGUGUGCUCUCAGGGAACAGUCGCUCUUCUCUUCAGAGGACGAACACAAACACAGAAAAGUGGCUGAAGUGUUUCCCUUCCAAGGUUGAAACCCCCUUGAGAUAAAGGGUCAGCCAACAUGACGAUAAACCUGGGUGUUAAGGCUCUUCUCAGCUGGGUCAACAGCAUCAAACUGUGUGACCGAGAAAUCGCCGUAGACGAUCUACAAGAUGGCUCAUUGAUCCUGAAAGUGAUUUACAUGCUGAAAAAGCAAUCCGACCUCUGUUUCAGUCAUUCCACUGAGGACCGGUUCAAUCUCAUUGCAGACUUUGUGGAAAGGGAUUGCAGAUUUAGUGCAGCCAAAGGCUCGUCAAUCUCUCUGGGCAACAUAAGAGAUGGCAUCAACCUAACAAUAGAAAUUGCAAAGGUGCUGUUGUUGCUCGUAUAUUAUGACAUGAUGAAUGACCGCUGCACUCUGAACAUGCUGGAGUGUGAUGUGGAGCGUGAGAUAGCAAACCUGACUGGUUCCUUUGUGAUGGAGAGCGAAGACUGUGUUUAUCUGAGCAACAGGAUCGACGCCUAUUUAGCAAAGAGACAUUUGCCCGUCUCCCGUGAGAUAUUUGAGCGAUCAGCAACCACCUCUACCUCCAAUGUGUCGACAAUGUCCUCGCUGUCAGAUGAGGAUUCUCCAGUAUUCCACCGCACGCAAAAAAUCUCAUUUGUGGACAUGCACACUGUGGCUUCUUCCUCAGUGAGCAAGUCUCCGCUCCAGGACAUUAUGAACACACCUAAAUUUCAGGUGAGGGUGAUGCAGCGUCAGAUGAUAAAGGAGCGAGAUUACAGAGAUGGGUUGGAAAGGGAGCUGGCUAGCAAGCUCGCACUCAUUUCACAGAAAGAGUCUCAUGUUAAUCAGCUACAAUAUCGUCUGGAUAAGUUGAAAGAAGAGCAAGGCGAUCAGGAGGAGAUUAUCAGGGAACAGAUCAAUGAUCUCGAGACUAAGAACAACACGUUACAAGUGCGUCUUAAUGAGAUAUUGAUGAAUAACAAAGACCUGAAGAGUACGUCCUCUCUUAUGGAGCGUAAAGUGGACGACCUGACAGAAGAAAAUGGUGUCCUCUCUUCCCAGGUGAGAGCAAUGUGUUCACAGCUGGCUAUCUUCGAGGCAGAAGUUGGCCGACUGACAGAAAGUCAAGCAUCAUCUCAGGAGGAGUGGCGAAGCGAAACAAGCCACUUACAAAGUGAGCUCAACCAAGCUACUGCUCAAAAGGAGCUUCUGUCUGAACAAAUUCAGAUCCUCCAGGGAAAGAUUUCCUGUUUGGAGGAUGAAAUAAGCAAAGCCACUAAAGAGGAAGUAGGAGAGAAUAUGGGGCCUGUGAUGGAGAGAGAAUACUUGGAGACUGAGAUUAACGACUUGAAGAGUGAGCUUGACAGCACAUUUAGCUCCCUGAAGCAGGCGGAGGUGGAGAUUCAGACCAAAACAACUCAGCUGGCAGAGUACCAGCAAGAAAUCACUCAACAGAAAGAGCUCCUGCAGCAACAGAAAUCCCAAACGGAGGACAUUAUUCAAGCCAAGGAUGAACUUUUGGAGAAAUUGCAGAAGGAGAUCACUGAGCAGAGAGCAGCCCUUCACAAAGAGAUCCAGGAUCUCAAACUUAAACUUGACCAAGUUGAGCAGCAGAAAACUGAGCAGGCGACGAGACUGCAACAGCAUGUCGCUGCAUGUGAGCGAGAAAUUGAAAGACUGAAAGAAAUGAAGAGAGAGAGAGAAGACCUUCUCCACCAGACUGAAGAAAAGGUGAAAGAUCUGGAGACAAAGUUAUCUGCCGCCAGUUCUCUCUUGGCUGAUAAGGACCAACAAAUUAACAGCCUCAAAGAUGAAGUCGAUGUUCUCACAGAUGAAGCCAAAAUAAUCAAAGAAGAAAUUCAAGCCAAAGAGGAAAUGCUCGCCAAAAUACUUCUGGAGAAGUCUAAUGAGCAGGAAAUUCUUCAUGAUAAAAUCCAGAGAUUGACGUCUCAAGUGGAAGACCUAAACUCAUCUCUCAAACAGGCCGAGCAGGAAAUUGAAAUUAAGCAAGACCUACUGGCUAAAACCCAACAAGAGAAUAUUGAACAAAGGGAGAAGCUCCAACAGCAGGUAGUGACCUGUGAAGAGGAGGUUCAGAAACUCAAUGCAGAAAUACAGGUCAAAAAUGAGCAACUUGUAACAUUGAAGAAUGACAGCUCUCAUCAGUCUGGGUUGCUGGAGGAAGAGAUUAAAUGUCUUAAAGGCCAAGUUGAAAUUCUGAAUGACUCUCUCACAAAGUCUGCACAGCAGGUUCAGGCACAGCUAGUGAUGCUCGACAAGCAGGAGCAAGAGAGUUCACAUCAGAAGGAGCUUCUGCAACAACAACUGUCUGCCUCUGAAGAUCAAGUGAGGUGCAUGAUGGAGGAGAUCCAAGCUAAAGAGAAACAGAUGGACAUAUUGAAAAAUCAAAGUUCCGAGCAGUCAGAACUGAUGCAACAAGAGAUUGGUGAUUUAAAGAAACAAGUGGAGGGUCUUAGUUUCUCACUGAAGUCUGUUGAGGAGAAUUUGCAAUCCAAGGAGAAUCUGUUUGCUGAACAGCAACUGCAGAACACUCAGCACAUGGAGGCYCAACAGGCACAGAUGGUCACUUCGCAAGAUGAAGUGAAGAGGCUGAAUGUGGAGAUUUGUGCCAGGGAGGAGCAGCUGAGCCAGCUGAAGUAUGAGACCUCUACAUACAAUCUAGAGAUCCAGAGUUUGAAGGAACGGGUGGAGGGCCUUAGUUUCUCACUUAGCAAGGUUGAGGAAGAUGUGCAGUCCAAGGAAGCUCUGUUAGCUCAACGUGAAGAUGAGAUACAGAAGCUUAAAGAAUGUCGGAGUGAGAAGGAGAGUCUCCUCCUCAGGACUGAGCAAAGGAUUGAGAUCCUCCAGACAGAGUUGUCUGCUGUCAACAUGCUCGUGGUUGAUAAGGACCAAAAUCUCACCAGCCUCAGAGAGGAGGUCACUGUCCAAGCUAACCUGAUGCAAAAAGCAAGAGAGGAAGCUGAAGCCAAUGAGAGAAUUCUGGCUGAUAUCAGGGAGGAGAGCUCCAAACACGCAGAUGUUCUUCAACAUGAGAUCCAGGGUCUGAAACGAGACGUGAAAAACAUUUCUCUACAACUUUCAGCUAAGGAGGAAAUGUUACUUAAAACUCAACAGGAAUCCUCUCAGCAGAUCGACCUCCUCCAACAGCAGCUUGUUUCAUUGAACACAGAGCUGAACCAACACAAAGACACACAUGCUGCAGACCUCAGGCUGAGGGAGGGUGUGGAAGAGUUGCAAGUUAUAACCCUCAGGGAAAAAGAGGCUCUCGUUCAGGAAAAACAAGAGCUCUUGGCCAGAAUACAUCAGGCAGAAUCCGAUCAGAAAGCUCUGGAGAAACAGCUCAAAGUCAUGGCCUUCGAGAAGGAGAGACUUGCUCAAGCCAAGCAUGCUACAGAGAGAGAGAACACAACCUCCCGUAAACUGGAAUCCAUGCUGGAGCAUGAGAUGGAAAUUCUGAAAGAGAAGUUCCUAAAAGCAAAUGAAAAAGCUGAAGAAAUUGAGGCGCUAAAGAGAGAGCUGCAGGAACAGCUCUCAGCUAAAUCAGAGGCUGUAGAACACUACAAGGCACAGGUGGAGAAAGCAGUGAAUCACUACAAUGGCAAGAAGCAGCUUCUCCAGGAGAGCCAACAGGAAGUGACUGAACUCAAGCACUCCUUAGGGGUUAAAGAGUGUGAAGUAAAGACAAUCACUAUGGAGAACAAGCUGCUCCAGCGGGAUUUGGAGAGAGCCCAAACCAACGAGAAAAACCUCCUUGACAUGGUGGCCAGUUUGAAAGCACAGUUGACCCUUGCUGACCAUAACCUGCAGCUGCACAAUAGGAUUCAUGGUAAAAAAGGAAGUGCAAAAGACUUGUCUUACUUGGAUGUUCCCAACACACACUCAAGCAUCCAGACCAGGUUGAAGAGAACCGUGAGCUCUGACAGCCUGGACCAGAGCUCUCUGGAGGACUCUCUGAACAACACAAGGAAACUUUCAGCACCUGAUGAAUCCAGCACACCACUUGUUCGAAGCUCUGAGCGGUUGGCAGCCAAGCGACGUGGUCUUCAGGCCGAGUCACUGGAAACUCUCUACUUCACACCUAUAAACACCAGACAGAUUAACAGAACCAGUACAGAGAACAGAAUGGAACUGGAUUCAGCUCGCAAAAAUCCAAGUUCUUCAGUCAAGAGACGCAGGACCACACAGGUUAUAAACAUCACCUUGACCAAGAAAACCCCAGGCUGCGGUGAAGGUGAGGAGACUUUCUACAGUCUGGCCUCAGCUCGCUCCCAUCCAAACCUCUCCAGUGCUCACCCUGCACAACCCGUGUCUAUGGAGCUGUUUGGCACACCUGCCAGAAUGACAAGUGCCGCCAGCGACCAACUCAUCGGUCUCCCAGGGUACAGACGGAGUACAAUCCAUUCACAGACCACUAGUACGUUUUGUGUGGGGGCAGAGAACGAGCCAGACGGUGCUCCUGAAGAUUGGCUGAGGAUCGCUGAGCUGCAGACCAGGAACAGGGCCUGUCUUCCUCAUCUGAAGAGCAGCUACCCUGUGGAGUCGGAGACGGGCCACGGCAGCGUAUUCAUUUUCACAGACGAAGAAGUCCGUACAGGCGACCCAUCUGACACAAUCCGCCGGGCGUCCACGAUGCCUGGCCAGCUGCAGGACUCUCUCGUCUCCCACCGUCACUCCCUCAUGCUGGGUCAGUCGGGUGCUGCAGCCAAUACUCGUUCUCACCGGCUGUCCUUGAUGCCAGGCCAGCUGCCGUCAAAAACCGUCAGCUCCUCUCAGAUAAGGAGCCCAAAAGGAACAAAGCGAUCAUCAUCUACGUUGUCUGUUCAUCAAUUUUCACCUGAGAAAAAGGUGAAGGCCAGCUGCUUCCCCCGUCCCCUCACUCCCAAAAACAAGAACAUAAACAGUGGAACUUCCAGCUCUCAGCUGAGACCCGCCCUCAGUCCAGCUGAGCGAAGGCAGUCCAUGAUGUUCACGGUUGACAACACCCCUAAGAAAAACAACUACCUGAAGAAAGGGUUGAACAAACUACGCACCUCCACCUCCAGCUCCAACCCUUCAGGAAAUCCUCACUCUGGAGUAGGACGAGCUGCCAAAGCCGGCAACUUUAAGUCACCACAGGUGACAAUUAAAGGACGGAAGAAGUCUCCACAAACCACCAGCAAGACAGGAAAGUCUCCUGGGCUGACAGCUAGUGCUCGAAAGAAAUCUGUGUCUGUAAACGGGGAAAACUUUGCUGGAGGUUGGAAAAGAUGAUGAGGAGAAUGAAGGUGUGAGGACUCGUUACCAGUGUGGAUUUAUGAUCUUCAGUUCCACUUGAUCAUACUUUUUUCUUUUUUGUUGUCGUCCUUCAGGACUUUUUUUUUUUAAAUUCUUGUCUUAAUCAUCUACCAUUUUCUUUGUAUUAUAUUUA